AUGGUCAACGUAAGCAUGACCAAGGACCAAGGGUCUGUUAAGCCUGAUCAGGGCGGGACAGAUAACCUGCGUCGGUUAACCAUCAAGAUGUUACCGCUGGACACUAAAGGGGCCCCCACCUUUGACGGCUGUAACAUCACCGAUUUCCUUGAUAAGUAUGAAGCCUUGACUGGGCUUGCUGGUUACUCUGACAAAGAGAAGACAAAAGCGUUGCUAUGGUACUUACCUGAUGAACACCGAGCAACGGUGAAGAUCAAGGCUGAAAAGGAGACUUGGUAA